GAUUACCUGCCGACGGGCAGGAUAUCUCGUCACAGUACCCAUUUCAUUCAAAUCAUACUGAUAGACCAAACGGAAUAUCCAUACUAGGCAAUUUCAAGACGCCGUUCGAGCAUGGGCCUGAUAGAAGUGUUAACUAAAGUCAAAGAUCGAGCAGAAAACUUCUUAAAUGAGAAAAAUAUUGUUACAGACUGCCUUGGGAAACUAGAAGAGAAAACAGGAAUUAGGAAAAAGAUAAUGGCAUUGGGUACUGUAUCUCUAACGGGACUUUAUUUGGUGUAUGGAUAUGGAGCUGCCCUUCUAUGUAACAUGAUUGGUUUUGUGUAUCCUGCAUAUUACUCAAUUAAAGCCAUUGAAAGCGAAAACAAAGAGGAUGACACAAAAUGGUUGACGUAUUGGGUGGUCUACGGAAUCUUCAGUCUGGGUGAAUUCUUCUCAGAUAUUUUCCUCUACUGGUUUCCAUUUUACUAUGCCUUCAAGUGCUUGUUCUUGUUGUGGUGCAUGGCCCCAGUAACAUGGAACGGGUCUCAGAUUCUGUACAACCGUGUAGUAAGACCUAUCUUCCUGCGCCACGAGGCCACAGUGGACAGCAUGGUCAGCGACCUGAGUGGAAAGGCCAUGAAUGCAGCAGAAACCGUAACCAGAGAAGUCCUUCAAACACUGGUGAAAAACAAGACUCUCUCUGCAGCACAGAUGCAAACUGCCAAAGGCCUACCCAGCACAGAUACAUCAACUGAGCCCAGCGUAGAUUAAUGGCCAACAGGGACAACAUGUACACUGACGGUAAUGAAGGAAAGAAAGAAAUAAAGCACAAGCAGAAUUCCAGAUUCACUUGAAGAACUUCUACUGAUAAACACCUGAAGCAUCUGCUGGAACAGAUACACCAUGAAUGCUUGUACAAAAAUACUAGCAAUAAAUUAUAGUAGAAUUGUGGACUGUAAUUUUAAUAGAACAUGAAGUAAUCUGUGCUGUAGCGAAUCAAAAUCAGUUUUUAAAUUCAUAGGUAGCUAAUAACUUCUGAAGUAGUGGGUAUAGGACAUUAAAUUGUAAAGGUCACACUUUAUAAUAACAGAUGAAAUGGCGAAGCUCUAUAUACACAAUUUGAUCAACACAGUUGUAAAUUGUUUAUUCUUGAUUAAUAGGUUAAUUCUUGAGAUGUUUUCAUACUUUAUUUUAUUAUAUAUUAUAUGAAGUGUAAGGCUAGUCGCUUACUUCAGUUAUGUUAUUGUCUUCCCAUUUCUCGACACGUCUGCCCCUGGCCCUUGUGGCAGGGGUGAAAGUUGCUGAAGCUAGCAUAUCACCGUCGGAGCUGUCACAUCACGGUGCACAGAAUCAUCAAUACUUUGUUUGAGCGAGGCUAUAGGAUAACCUACAUUGAUGCAACAUUCUUCUAGUUUAGUCCUAUAGCACUUGUCUUUUUGGAGCGGACUGCAGCUCUGUUAACUCUUUGUGGAAAGCAAUAUUUUGCAUUCAGGAGAGUUUGUAGUUUCCAAAUAUCUAUAAUACACAGAAAUGUUCAACCUGUGAAGGGUUUCCACAGGCCGCCACACAUAUAGUCUACUCAAGUCAAGUUACCGUCAACAUUCCAAGCAUUCCAAUGCUAACACAGCUCACCACUUCAGGAAUAGGCCUCCUUUAGCUUUCUAAGAUGUUGUAGAAUUCUUAUUUACUCAUUUAUUGUAACUCUCUUGACUCAUUUAUACCUCGUAAUAUUUCAGAAAUGCAUUUGUGUAUCAACUUUACAAAACAGACUACUUCAUUUUACCAUUACAAUUAGGCUAUUGUUGCUGCUAAUGUCAUAACAUACGAAUUGCGCUUGCCUGUAGUGAACUUCAUAGAAUUCAAUAAACAUUUUGUCAUGU